UUCUGCACGGUGUCCGGCCCGCGACAAUGGCAGUGUCCUGCCCGGAAGUGAUGUACGGAGCAUACUACCCAUACCUGUACGGCCGCGCCGGACCCAGCCGACCCUUCUACCAGUAUGAGCGGUUCAACCAGGACCUGUACUCUUCCUCGGGCGUCCCGCUGGCGGCGUCCUCCAGCACCUCCGCCGGUUCCCACUCGCCCUGCAGCCCCCUUUUGCCACCCUCGAUAUCGUCGAACGUAGCCUCGGCGGCAGCGGUGGCCUCCGCCGUAGCUCAGUCCCAGUCCCAGGCCCUGACGGCGGCCUCGUCCACCUCCAACACCACGAUACCAACGAUACCGCUGGGCGCGCUCCAGAGGCACAUUACCAAAGAGGAAGACAUCAGCACCGUCCGGAGUGACAACGAAGGCACGAUCCCGGGAGCGCACCACCACCACAACGACAGCUCCUGCUCGUCGGGCCCGGACUCCCCCAACAACCUGCAUCAGGACACGAGUGGGGCCGGCCCAAGCGGAGGAGGCGGCGGCGGCGGUGGCCUACCCGGAACGGGAAGCGGCGGUGGCGGUCCCAGCGGCGAGGCUUCCGGCAGUGGGCGGGCCCAGUACGUGUCGGCCACGUGUGUAGUGUUUACCCACUAUUCGGGCGAUUCGGCCAGCGUGGUGGACGAGCACUUUUCUAGGGCGUUAAAUUUUAGCGAUAAAAAUAACAAAGAAGGUUACAGUUCCAUGUCGAGUAGAAACUUCCCUCCCUCCUUCUGGAAUAGCAAUUACGUUCCUCCUACUCCGCCUACGCACCACCAGGUAUCCGACCUCUACUCAACGGACGGCGGCUACUCGGCAGACCCGUGGCACGCGGCCCACUACGGCUCGUACGCCCACGCGGCCCACGCACAUGCCGCCCACGCGCACGCCUACCACCACAACAUGGCGCAGUACGGCAGCCUGCUGCGGUUACCCCAGCAGUACGGCCACACGUCACGACUCCACCACGACCAACAGACGGCGCAUGCGCUGGAAAGUGCCGCCGCGUACUCUAGUUAUCCCACGAUGGCAGGUCUCGAGGCCCAGGUCCAGGAAUCGUCGAAGGAUUUGUACUGGUUUUAGAUAGUUAGUGCAAUUUGUGUCCCGAAACAACGCUGCUGUCCAGCUUGUGAACCACAGUUACAAACCAACCGAAGCACUUCUCCGGAAGGUCGAACGACAACGGGCGAAGAGCUUGAACCGUGCUGAAAAUCAAAAGACAAAACAAGCAAACCACUUGAAAGUGAUUUUAGUGAUAUCUAAUCUAAUUUAUAAUCGUGCACUUGAAACUAUUUCUCCUAACAAAUAAGGAGUUUACAAAUCUCUUUUAAAAAGCACCGUAAAUUAGUUUCAGUCUUUUCGUUUCGUCUUCUAUGUUUUAGAUAAUGUUUUCGCACUGUAUCGUAAAGCAAAAAACAGUAAGUCAAAGUGUGUGAGCUAACUUUCAGAUAAAAAACAGACUGUAUCGAUUUUUUUAACGCUAGAACGAUAGUCUAAUGUACAUUAAAACUAGAAAGAGAGCAAAUCCUAGCACCUUGUAACCACAGCCAGCGAUUGUUUAUUGGUCAACACACACACACAACUUUUUCUCCGUUACGACAAUUGUGUAUCAUAUAUCGAAUUAAGGCAUAUUACCUACAGGAAGCAAAACAUAGAAAAUCUGACAUAAUUACGUUUACAGGAAGGACCUUCUAAAAACCUAAUAAACAAGACAUUUCGAACGGAGGAUCAAGAAGAAAAAAAAACGUGCAUAUAUUAAAUUUAAUACACAUACUUAGUAUAGACAACGAGACACACACACAGAAACCCAACAUUACUUAAGCUAAUUUAAAGUAAUUCGAGUGAGCGCGGCGCGCAGUGCAGCUACCGCCGCAGCGCACUGACAAAACCUUGUUCUUGUAGUUAUUUUAUUGCAAUACUUACGAAUGCGAGCGAAGAAAAGUUGUCCUUGUGUAUACACAGUAUAUAUCGGCAGUGAACAAAAUAUGGAAAUAAAAGAAAACAAUGAAAUCAUUCUGAAAAU